AUGGCAUCUUCAGCAUACCCAGUUGCUGUUUCUCGUCAAGAACAGUGGGUUUAUCACAACAAGGCUUGUAAGGAUUUACGGUCAGUUGUACCCGGUGCUGGGUCAAGUCAAGAUAUAUUAAGAGCAGAUGGCUUGAAGUUGAAUCUCAUGCUGCAUCAGUUCGAAGAACCGCGCAGAAAUAUGGGGUGGUCAUCAGAUUCUAAUCAGUAUGUCAAGCUUGACCCAGCAAUGAGGAGACCUGUGCUUGUUGAUGUACGGCGCCAAGACUCAGCAGCAAUCUUUAACUACGGAAUUGCUGAACGGUGCCCAAAACAUGAGAAGAUCUCCCAAUUCUUCAUGUCAGGGUCUAUUGCAGCAGCAGCAGAAAGAGAGAGUGCAAAUUCUCCUUUUGCAUAUCAUCUCAUGAGCCGACUUCAAGCACUGCCAAUCAGCAUGCAUCCACGGCCACUAACUUUCUUGAGCGAUGAAGUUUCUGUUGAUGAUGUUGGAGCUUUUGAUCAGUUUCACCCUUCCCUUAUCUAUCCGGAGAGCAGAUUAUAUGCACCAAAUCCCCUCUCGGAUUUCGUUGGAGAUUUCUCCAGUGAUUCAAGAAUAAGUAUGCACCCAGAUGGUAGAGUGUUAUUCACUGGAAGUGGGGUUGAGACGAAAGAUCUAAUGUCUAUCAUUGCAGAGUUUAACCUUUCAAGCACCUCAACUAAGAGAAGAGAACUGCCAUUUCUGGUCCCUCACUUUACUAGAGUACUGGAUAAGGGUGAAGCAGCGCGCAUAAAUGUUUGUGAAUCUCCGUUGAAAUUGGAAGCUGUGAUGGUUGCUCCUGCGAAGAUUCCGAAGAGAACCAAGAUAAAACAGUCCCCAACAAAGAGAUCAAACUGCAGGAAAGCAGGAACAGAUGGAGAUAUACGGCAUAGAAGAAACGAUCUCCAAGCAUGUGAGAGCCUUCUAUCACUAAUUCUUGGAAAGAGACAAGGGAAGACGGCAAUCCAGUCUCUGAAGAAUUCGGCUCCAGAACUUCCUCAGCUACUGACACAAUUCUCCGCUAGCAUUGCCGGCACUGGUCUUGUUGUAUUAUUAUAUGUAGUCUUCAAGGUUUUUCUUGGGAGAUUACCCUUCUGCGCCUCAAAGAUGCUUAACACAGGAUUUGGGUUUGGCCUGGUUUGGCUGUCAUGGGCAGUUAACCAACUGAGAGAAAGUGUCAUCUCUAUUAGCAAGAAUCCAAACAAUAAGUUGGGGUUGCAAGAUGCAAAUCUGAUGAAGAAGGUGGAUAGAAGUGUUAACGAGAUUUUCUUUAGGGCGGCAAUGGUAAUGGCUGUUGCAGUGCUGAAGAUCGCUUGA